CGACAACCAAAGCAUGACGGAGUUCCAGAAACAUUAACUAAUGUAGAAAGUCCAUCUGCUCCGGUUUAUGCCUCUGUUGUACGAAGUGGGCAUAUAGGUUCGGUGUAUGCAAACACAUCAUCGGUUAAAAUUCAUAACGCACCCAUCACGGUGAGCACUCAUGUGUACAGUAACGGCCAGAUGCAACCAAACAUGUCAAAUGAUGGCAAUUGUUCAGGCAUUGACGACAGUUUAGAGUUUGAUGAAUGGGACACCAUAGCCCGCGAAAACGCGAUGAGAUUUGAGGAGAACGGAGGAGUUUACUACAACACAUACGAGAAAGUGAAGCACAUGAAAAUUUCAGUUAAAGAACUUAAGAAAAUCGUGCUAUCCAAGACCAUGGACUAUUACGACGCCGAGUUUCAGAAACUUCCAUACGGACUUCUGAAAGACUACAAAGUGUCCCAGAUGGAGACCAAUCUCGCCAAAAACAGAUAUAAAGGCAUAUAUCCAUAUGACGACAACAGGGUAAAGGUUCUCGGUGGGGAAACGGACUACAUUAACGCCAGUUUCAUUGACGGUUACAAAAGGCGAAACGAAUACAUCGCAACAUUAGGGCCAAUGUCUAAACAACUUGGUGAUUUUGGAGCAUUCUGGGAAAUGGUAUGGCAGCAGAGCGUGGAGAAAAUCGUCAUGCUUACAAAUCUGGUAGAGGAAGGAAAAGACAAGUGUGAGCAGUACUGGCCCGAUGUUGGGGCCAGUCAAAUGUACGGUAUCAUACGAGUUGUAUGUCAAAGUAAAAACGAGUUUGCCGACUUUACACGACGGUCAUUUGCUAUUACGAAGGACAGAGAAACGCGGACUUUAACCCAGUUACACUUUACUUCGUGGCCAGACAAAGACGUUCCAGAGAGCGUUACGUCACUCAUCGAGUUCAGGAAGAAUGUCAUUCGUGCCCCAGCAACACUUGGGGGACCCAUCAUCGUGCACUGCAGUGCAGGUGUUGGACGCACAGGAACCUACAUUGCUAUAGAUAUUCUCACGAAGGAAGGCUUAAAAGAAGGGGCAAUAGAUAUAACUGGCUGUGUACUAAACAUGCGACGAAACCGGCCGAAUAUGGUUCAGACUGUGGGCCAGUAUAAGUAUAUUCACCAUGCCGUUGUUCAUGCUCUGACAUUAAACUGCAAUCCCGCGGCCGGUGCAACAUUCCAACCGUAAAUGGACACAACGACAAAAGAUAACAUCAUCCACAUGUUUAAAGUAAUAUAAUUUGUGUAAAACCUGUUGUGUGGUUUGACUACUCGAAAAUAUGAUGCUGAUAUACUUCUACUUUAUUUAUCAAUACAAAUAUGAAAGACACAACUCUUGUUUUUAAACAUUUGCAAGAUAUAAAAGCAUACCAUACGGAUCGUUGGAUGAAUAUGAACCAGCGGACAAAAGCACGCUGA